AUUGUUGCCAGGAGCCCGUCAAACGGGAAAUCUCCACGUAACGAACGCGUGCGUGUAUUUCCGUAGUUUUUCAAUUCUCUACAUAAUUACAAUAUUAUAUUUGUUGCUAUGAUAAUAUAGAAGAACAACCACACAACUGUACUUCAAUUUAUAGGCGUUAGUUACAUAAAUUCGACCAGCAUGAAGGCUUUAGGACUUCUUCUGGUCGUCGUUUUAGCGUUAAGUGGAAGCGAUGGGGUGGAUAAGAACAAUUUUAAGACUUGCGACCAGUCUGGUUUCUGCAAGAGGUUGCGUGGUUUUAAACCCGAGAAGUCACAAUAUACGCUUAAUUUAGACACUGUAGUUGUCCAUGGGAAUGCCUUGUCAGCCGAAGUCAACACAGUGGACACAACAACACAGGAAAAAACUGUUUUGUGGCACUAUGCCUUAAGGCUGUCUGCUCUUAAUGAUGGCACGUUCCGAGUGGAACUGGAUGAGGCUGACCCUCUGUACCCGAGGUACAGGACGCUGCUGGCUCUGAAAGGGGAACCUAAGGCUGAUGGCCUAAAACUGGUCUCCAACGAGAACGGCAAACUGACAGUGACCAACAGCCAAGGUCACAAAGUCAUCAUCACAGCCGAACCCCUGAAGUUGGAGUUCGUAAACCUGGCCGGAGACGUGGCAGUGGUGCUCAAUGACAACGGACAGCUGGUUGUGGAACCUCUCCGAGUCAAAAAAGAAAGGAUUGAUGAUGAAGAUACUAAUAUUGUGGAAGUUGAGGAGGAAGGCACUUGGGGUGAGAACUUCAAGUCCCAUCACGACAGCAAGCCUCGCGGCAAUGAGGCUAUCUCUCUGGAUAUCAGCUUCCCUGAAGCUGAUAAUGUUUAUGGUAUACCAGAACACACAGACAAAUUUUCUCUCCGCACCACAACAUCGGGCGAGCCUUAUCGUCUGUACAACUUGGACGUGUUCGAGUAUGACCUCGACAGUCGCAUGGCCAUCUACGGAGCUGUACCCGUCAUGUAUUCUCAUGGGCCGAAGCGCAGCGCGGGUGUGUUCUGGCACAACUCUGCGGAGACGUGGGUGGACGUGGUGAACUACGCCGACAGCACCGUCGUGUCCUCGCUCGUCAACCUCGUCACCGGCGGACAGAAGCGACGCGUCGAUGCCAGGUUCAUGAGUGAGUCUGGUAUCAUCGACGUGUUCGUGUUCCUGGGCGAGAAGCCGACCGACGUGCUCCGACAGUACACCGCGCUUACUGGCACUGCGCCGCUGCCUCCCAAAUUCUCUCUAGCAUACCACCAGUGCCGCUGGAACUACGUCGACGAAGCCGACGUGCGAGGCGUCGACAACAACUUUGACGUUCACGAUAUACCCGCUGACGUCAUCUGGCUGGACAUCGAGUACACUGAUAGGAAGAAGUACUUCACAUGGGACCCCCUGAAAUUCCCCAACCCAUCGGAGAUGGUAGCUAACUUGACCGCCAAGGGUCGGAAGCUGGUCACCAUCAUUGACCCUCAUAUCAAGAGAGAGGCUGGCUACUUCCUCCAUGAGGACGCUACGGAGCUAGGGUAUUAUGUCAAGGAUAAAGAUGGCAAGGAUUAUGAAGGUUGGUGCUGGCCCGGUUCCUCCUCGUACUUGGACUUCUUCAACCCUGCUGCCAGCAAGUACUACUCGGAGAGGUACCGCUUCGAGCACUUCCCCGGCACCAGCAAGGAUGUUCACAUCUGGAACGAUAUGAAUGAGCCCAGUGUAUUCAACGGGCCCGAAAUCACAAUGCCUAAGGACUGUCGCCACUACAAGCCGCCUCAGGAUGGUAACGAUGGACUUGCAGCUUUCUGGGAACAUAGACAUAUCCACAAUGAAUACGGUCUAUGGAACAUCCGUGCGACCUUCGACGGUAUGCUGCAAAGAUCUGAAAACCAGUUCAGACCAUUCAUUCUGACACGAUCUGCCUUCGCUGGUACUCAGAGAUACGCAGCAGUUUGGACCGGUGACAACGCAGCGGAAUGGGGUUUCCUGGCUGUAUCAGUUCCGAUGUGCCUCUCGCUAUCCGCAGCUGGUAUUAGCUUCUGUGGUUCUGAUGUUGGUGGCUUCUUCAAAUACCCUGAGGCUGAGCUCAUGACAAGAUGGUAUCAGGCGGGCGCAUUCCAGCCGUUCUUCCGCGCGCACUCGCACAUCGAGACCAAGCGGCGCGAGCCGUGGCUGUACGAGCCCGCCACCGCCGCGCUCAUACGCGACGCCAACCGCAGGCGGUACGCGCUCAUCGACUUCUGGUACACAUUAUUCUACGAGCAUUCCAUCGAGGGUCUGCCGGUGAUGCGCGCGUUGUUCUACGAGUUCCCCGCUGAGGAAGAUACCUAUACCAUUGAUGAUCAGUACUUGCUAGGCGACAAGCUCCUAGUCCGUCCGGUAGUGGAGCCAGGCGUGACGAGCGUGAAGGUGUACCUGCCGGGAGCAGCAUCGAAGACGCUGUGGUACGACGUGGACUCCUACCACGCGCAUCACGCAAAUGGAUACCUUAACUAUGACGUCACGCUCGCUAAGAUCCCAGUGUUCCAGCGCGGCGGUACAAUAGUGCCCCGUAAAGAGCGCGUCCGUCGUUCGUCCGCUCUCAUGGCUGACGAUCCCUACACGCUUGUGGUUGCACUCGAUACUAAUGGCACAGCACAAGGCUCUCUAUACAUAGACGACGGAGAGACGUACGAGUAUCUGAACAAUAAACACAUCUACGCUAAACUCGCGUAUGAACCUAACGCUAUGACUUACUCAUUCAUCCACGAAAACGCUCACUACCCAACCCGGUCGUGGGUAGAGCGCAUAGUGAUCGCCGGCAUCAAGACCCCGCCCAAGACUGCCAAGCUGCAGCAAGGUGACAAACAGACAUCUCUGCAGAUGACUCUGCAUCGAGGCAACGAUGUCCUAGUGGUUAGGAAGCCGGCCGCCAGUAUGGCGCAGCCUUGGAAAAUCACCUUUAGCUAUUAAACUUUAGAGGCUAGUUCUUUACCCCUCUUUGAAGUUGAUUUGAAAACAUUCAGACAUGUGAAAUUCUUAUCUUCAAAAUUUCUUUUGAACUAACAGAUUUACUAAUUAAAUAAAGAAUAACAGAUGGUAGAAAAAUCGACUUAAAAAAUAAAGCCGUUCGCUAAAUAAUAUAUCGAUAUCGAUAGUUCUGUCCCUUUCUAACUACUUACAAAUGCCGUUUGAUAGAUGAAAUAGGUGUAUUUAGUGAAUGGCUUUGUUAUGAAAAGGGGGUAAAAUAAGUGGUUAAUAAUGAGUAUACAAAGUGUAUUGAAAGUAAGUUUGUUUGUUUGGUCGAUUGAGCGGAGUAUGAGUUUGAAUUAGGUAUUGAGAUAGUUUUUGAAAUAAGGUUAAUAAGGUAAAUAGAUAAUGAUUUUAUUGUGGUUUGAGGUCAUCUGCUUCGCCCCACUAAAGCCGUCACGGAAUACAAAAUACGACUUUAUAUUCAAAUGUAACCUAGUCUGUUUCAAAUUUAUCUCCAUACUUAAAAUGAAAUGCAAUUUUGGUAAGGUUGACUAGAUAAGGUAUGAAGUUACAAGGUCGUAGUUAGCUUCAGGUAUUCACCGAGUAUACUCAUUAUUAAAACUUAUCAUAAUAUUUAGCAUAAUUAUGGAUUGACUGCGAUUAAAUGCUGCAAUCUACAAACGCAAAAAUAUAGAAUGUUUAAAGAGAUCGUAACAUAAGUAUUUGCGGAAAGGAUGAAACAAAUAAGAAUAAGAGAUUUUUGUAUGUCAUACGAAAUUAUCACAAAUGCUUGCAAACAUUUUUGUUUGGGUCUCUGAAACAAUAUAAAGUGAACAUCUUAUACAUAUGACCUUUUUCUACUGGAUUAAUACAACGCAGUCAAAACAUAACAAAAACUGUUUUGAUUUGACACUGUUUAUUGAAAGAAUAACCAUUUAUUUUAUUCACAUAAAAUUUUACAACGUAAUAUCAAGACUGAUUUUCCAUUAUGAAAGAGUUGCAAAGAACACAAAAGCUUUAAGUCAAUAAACAGAGUCAAAACAAAAACGACUUUAUUGAAAACACUAUAAGAACAAGAUUUCAGUGUUUCAUGACUCAGUGAUCAGUCAUUUGUUACACAAACAAACUUGCUAAACUGAGAUAAAUGAUCGAAUUAAAAUCGAUACCUAGAGCUGAACUUUAUCGAUAUCAUAAAAUAAUAUCGAUAUGUUAAGCAAACUUUGUUUUAGUAACUUUCACACAUAAUUAUAAAAUAGUUGUAAUGUUUAGUACACCUAGUGUAUUUCCAUCGCUCCGUAAGAUUUUAAGUACCUAAUUGUGUGUUUUUACUUAUUGAUAUUUUCUUCAAUAUUAUUUUAAUAAUAGACCUAACUUUCACGGACAUGUCUACAUUUUCUCGUUAGUGUCGAUUUAGUGGACAAGUGUUAUCUCACUUUUUGGUAAUAGUGCAAUUUGCGAAAAUAAUAAGAAUAAUUACUGCGUAUUUGCACUAAUGUGUGUCGUAGGAAGAAAUUGUGAUUUAUUCAUUUCUAUGUCUAUAUAACAUAAUUUGAAAUAUAUUACGCGAAUUUGCACUACUUUUUGUAAGUCCUGUCACUGUUUUCUUUAAUAAUACUUCUAAGUAUUCGCACGUUUGUCAAAUAUUUUUUAUCGAUAAAUGGUUCACAACAAUAUUGGUACUCAAAAAUGUUAUUACAAAUAUUAUCAUGACCAGUAUGUAUUAUAUUCCAUUUCGUAGGUUUUAAAAUCAAAUUGUAUCAUUAAAUAGUAAGGGUCUGACCACAUUUAUCGACAAGGAAUCGACUUAAGUCGAGUGCGUAGUAACACCCUUAUUAAGUAGACAUAAAGGCUUCUUUUCUGCAAGAUUCUGCAUCGAUAAAUGUGGGGAGACCCUAAAUGAACGUGGUCUAUACCACUUGUGUCAACUUCCUAACGGGUAAGAGGUAACGAGUAAUUUUAUCGUAUGUAUGUGAUAAUAAAAGAAUUUUAAUAA